AAGAGUUGCUUCUGGACCGCCAUGUCUCAAUUAAUAAAAUGGUGGCGCGGUGGCUGUACCUCAGCAUCGCAGCAGCUGCGUGUAGCAUAUUUGUAUAUACUAAUACUAUUCUGGCAAGUACUGGUAUACUGGCCUGAGAUAGAGAAAGAGAAGCAAUUGUAUUAUCUUGCAGAAGAAACAUGGAACAUCAUAUUAACAAGGAUGAUGAUAGUCUUCGACAUGACUGGGCUCAAGAAGUGAAAGCUUUUGAAGAAAGCAGAGGUGGCGUGAAAGGGCUGGUGGAUUCUGGUGUGACCAGGAUUCCCAAGUUCUUCAUUCAAUCCCCGGCUGCAGCAGCCCAGCAGAGUCUGCUAUCAACUAGUACUGUUAACAAUGUUAAUGGAAUUAAUGAUGGGCUGCUGCAGAUCCCGUGCGUUGAUCUUCAAGGGAUUGAAACUGACGGUGCUAGAAGAAAGGAGGCCGUGGACGAGAUUCGUAGAGCAGCAGAGACCUGGGGUUUUUUCAGAAUAACGAGUCAUGGAGUUCCCAUCAGCGUAAUGGAUGGGAUACUUGAAGCCACUCGACGCUUCCACGAGCAACCUAAAGAGGACAAGCUGCAUUUGUAUUCUGCAGAUGGACGCCAAAGCGUCAGGUUCUAUACCAUCAACGGAACUUUUCAGGAAAACCAUGUUGCCUCUUGGAGGGAUGCUCUGGGUUUCAAUUUCCCGGAUGGUGUUGUGGACUCUCAAGCUUUACCCCUCGUUUGCAGAAAGGAAGUCUCUGAGUACAUGAAGCAUAUGAUCAAGUUGAGGGAUGUGUUAUCUGAAUUGUUAUCAGAGGCUUUAGGACUAAGCAGCGAUCAUCUGGCAAGAAUUGAAUGUAUGGAAAGCGAGCACCUGUCUUGCCUCUAUUACCCACCCUGCCCUGAGCCAAACCUGACCUUAGGCCUAUUAAAGCACUCGGAUACGACAUUUUUGACUAUUGUAGUGCAGGAUGACAAAGGUGGUCUCCAAGUGUUUCAUCAAGAUCAGUGGGUCAAUGUGCUCCCAGUUCCAGGAGCUCUACUUGCAAAUAUUGGGGAUCUGAUGCAGCUUAUUACCAAUGACAAGUUCAAGAGUGCAGAGCACAGAGUAUUGGCUAGGUGUGUUGGUUCAAGAGUAUCAACAGCAUGCUUCUUCUUCCCCAGUUCCAGUCAUCUGUUUAAGCCAUACGGACCAAUAAAGGAGCUUCUGUCCGAAACCAACCCACCUUUAUACGGGGAAGUUAGUAACAUGGAAUACACUACUGCAUACCAGAAAAAUGUGAGGCACCGGACUUCAACUCUGGCACUAUUCAAGCUUUGAUCAAUAUUUAGCAGCCAGUGAUCUGUGAUGUUGAUUGCUGACAAGCUAGAUGAAAGUGCUGCAUGCAUGCCCUGCUUCCAGUUCUAAAUUUCGCCAGCGGUGAUGAACUCUGUACUUGUAGAAUGUGGAUUUUUUUUUUUUUUUCUACUGAAAGAGUAAGGAACUAAUGCUAUGGUUAAAAUUGAACAAGACUCAGUAAGGCACUACA